GUUACUUCCUGCUUCGGCAGGCUCUCGCUGCUGCCGGCGGUAGGAUCCUGCGCCCCGGAGGAGAGGACCCUGCCUGGCCGGAGGGGGAGAAGAGCGGAGAGAAAGCCAUGGCCCCCCAGGAAUCAGUGACCUUCGAGGAUGUGGCCGUGGACUUCACCUGGGAGGAGUGGGGCUACCUGGACACCUCCCAGAAGGAGCUUUACUGGGACGUGAUGCUGGAGAACUACAGGAACCUGGUCAGCCUGGGCUUUGUGGUUGCCAAGCCAGAUGUGAUCUCUCAGUCGGAGCAAGAGGAGGCACCUUGGAUACUUGAAGUUCUAUUUCCAAGAAGCAGCUGUUCAGAUUUGGACACUAAGCCUAAGAUCAAGGAAACAACUCUAGAGCUGGACAUUUCUAUGGAAGAAUCAUCCAAAAAAGUACUCUCCAGAGAUUCUUCUUGGAUUUUGACAUUGGGAGGUGUCUGGGAAUGUUAUGCCAAGUUAAAGGACGAGCAGAGCAAUGAGAAUCAACAUUUUAGACAACUAAAAAUCACCAAGGGGAAAUCCCAAAGUGAAGUGAGUGGCCCUGAAUAUAAUAAAAAUGGCAGAAGAUCUAAUCUAGAGCCAUCUUUUUCUCCACAAAAGAGAUUAUUGGUAAUAAAGAGUCUUCUUCAUAAAUAUGAUAGAUGGAGAAAGGACCACAGAAAGCAUUCAGACAUGAAACAUUAUAAAAGAAUCUGUUUAAAGAUGUUUUCCAAUGAUGAUAAAUGUCAGAAAUCCUUUAGUAAUAAUUUUGACCUUAUUGAAAAACAUAGAAUUCAUAAUGGAAAUGAACAUGAAUGUAAUGAAUGUGGGAAGUCUUUCCUCCAGAACACUGGACUUACUCUGCUCCAGAGAAUUCACAGAGGAGAAAAGAUUUAUGACUGCAAUGAAUAUGUAAUGUCCUUCCAGCAGAGUGCAUAUCUUAGGAAACAUCAAAAAAUUCAUAAUGGAGAGAAACCUUAUAAAUGCAGUGCACGUGGGGAGGCCUUCCUUCAGGCCACUGAAUUCGUUCAACACCAGAGAGGACACACUGGAGAAAAACCAUAUAAAUGUAAUGAAUGUGGGAAGGCCUUCCACCAGAAUUCAUACCUUAAAAAACAUCAGAUAAUUCAUACUGGAGAAGAACAUUAUCAGUGUCAUAAAUGUGAAAAAACCUUUCUCUGCCCCACUGAACUUACUCAACACCAGAGAACACAUACUGGAGAAAAACUUUAUGACUGCAAUGAAUGUGGGAAGACCUUCCGCUGUAAAUCAUAUCUUACUGAUCAUCAGAGAAGCCAUGCUAGAGAGAAACCUUAUGUAUGUAAUGAAUGUGGGAAAGCGUUCCAUCAGAAUUCAUACCUUCGAAGACAUCAAAGAAUUCAUACUGGAGAAAAACAUGCAUGUAAUGAGUGUGGGAAGGCCUUCCUACGGACCACUGAACUUACCCAACACCAGAGAACACAUACAGGAGAAAAACCUUAUGAAUGCAAUGAAUGUGGUAAGACCUUCUAUCAGAAUUCCUACCUUCGAAGGCAUCAGAGAAUUCAUACUGGAGAGAAACCUUAUGCAUGUCAUGAAUGUGGGAAGGCCUUCCUCCGGUCCCCUGAACUUACCCAACACCAGAGAACACAUACAGGAGAAAAACCUUAUGAAUGCAAUGAAUGUGGGAAGACCUUCCGAUGUAAAUCACACCUUACUGAUCAUCAGAGAAUCCAUACUAGAGAGAAACCUUACGUAUGUAGUGAAUGUGGGAAGGCCUUUCUCAGGAGUACUAAUCUUAGUCAGCACCAGAGAACCCAUACCGGAGAAAAACCAUAUGAAUGUAGUGAAUGUGGAAAGGCAUUUGGCCAGAAGGCACAUCUUACUCAUCAUCAUAGAAUUCAUACUGGAGAGAAACCUUACGAAUGCAAUAAAUGUGGGAAGGCCUUCCGCCAGAAUUCAUACCUUAGAAGACACUUGAGAAUUCAUACUGGAGAGAAACCGUAUGUAUGUAAUGAGUGUGGGAAGGCCUUCCUCCGGGCCACUGAACUUAGUCAACACUAUAGAACACAUACCGGAGAAAAACCUUAUGAAUGCAGUGAAUGUGGGAAGACUUUUGGUCAGAAGGCAAAACUUAUUCAACAUCAGAGAAUUCAUACUGGAGAGAAACCUUAUGUAUGUAGUGAAUGUGGGAAAGCCUUCAUCCGGAGCACUAAUCUUAAUCAGCACCAGAAAACUCAUACUGGAGAAAAACCUUAUCAGUGCAAUGAAUGUGGGAAGGCUUUCUGUCAGAGGGCAGAUCUUACUCAACAUAAUAGAACUCAUACUGGAGAGAAACCUUACGUAUGUGGUGAAUGUGGGAAGGCCUUUUGUCAGAAGGCAGCUCUUACUCAACAUAAUAGAAUUCAUACUGGAGAGAAACCUUAUGUAUGCAGCGACUGUGGAAAGGCCUUUCACUGGAGCACAGUGCUUGUGCAACAUCGGAGAACCCAUACUGGAGAGAAACCUUUUGAAUGCAAUGAAUGUGGGAAGGCUUUCAGUCAGAGGGCAAAACUUAUUAGACAUCAGCGAUUUCACACUGGAGAGAAGCCAUAUAAAUGUUUAGAAUGUGGAAAGGCCUUCUGUCAGAAAGCAGAUCUUACUUUACAUAAUAGGAUUCAUACUGGUGAGAAACCUUACAAAUGCAAUGAGUGUGGGAAGACCUUUCGCUAUAACUCACACCUUACUCAACAUCAGAAUAUUCAUACAGGAAAGAAACCUUAUGAAUGCAAUGAAUGUGGAAAGGCCUUCUUCUGGAGAACAGCCCUUAAUCAGCAUCGACAAAUUCAUGCAGGGGAGAAAACUGGUUAAUGUAAUGAAUGUUGAUGAAUUCGUUUUCCAGGAGCACACAGCAUAUUUGACAUUAGAGAAUUCGCAUAGGCCAGAAUAUGAAAAGCCUCAG